AUGAAAGUGAAUCAUCCGGAUCAAGGUGGAAGCGGCUAUAUAACAAACAAAGUAAAUGACGCAAAACACAUCUUGAUUGGUGGCAAAAGUUUGGGCUCUGCUUUUUGA